GGUUYGACUCUGCCCUGACUUGGAACAAGACGAACUAUGGAGGAAUAGAAGAGCUGAYAGUUAUGGAUGAAAACAUCUGGGAACCUGACGUUGUUUUGCUUAACAAUGCAGAUCCAUCAACGAUGGGSAAACCAGUGAACCACGGCAAUCCUCUUCUGAUCACUUCUAAUGGUACAGUUAGAUGGCUGGCUCCUGUCAUAAUAAAGAGCUCGUGUAAACUGAACGUAAGAUAUUUUCCUUUUGACGASCAAGUUUGUGACCUGGAAUUCACUACCUUGACAAGCGACCAUUCUGAAGUUUUCCUGCAACCCUCGAGGGAUAAAAUAUUUCAGRAUUAUUCUGAAAGCAGCGAAUGGAUCCUCCGUGGAGCACACAUCCAACAAACUACUCCACCCCUCCUUUCCAACGACACACGAACAGGGGUCAAAUACAUGAUCUACAUUGAACGUCAAGUAUUCUACUACUUCUUCUACCUGGUCAGCCCUUGUAUGCUAGUGUCUCUCAUGACAAUAAUUYUCUUUAUUCUUCCUCCUGACUGUGGUGAGCUGAUGGUGGUGGGUGUUACCUUACUGUUGUCCCUAACGGUAUUCUUCCUCCUUGCUUCUACACACAUACCAGAGACUUCAGAAGUCGUUCCGUUGAUUGGCAGAUUACCAAAGAAAGUCAGUGGUUUGAGCAUGAUGGUAGACCAGGUUAAGAAGAAACAAGAAAACCAUCAAAAACAAGAAGAAUGGCAGCUUGUAGCGAAGGUCUUCAACAGGCUAUUCAUAGUGAUUUACAUCAUUACUGUUAUUCUUACUUUAGCAGGGAUAUUCUYACAGAUCCCUCAGAUGUUGGGACGGAGCGAGGUUCAUACUGAUAUCAGUGUUUAAACGAUCAUUCGCACUACCCUCGUCAUUAGGGUGAGGGGGUGGGGGACGGGGGGAUGAGUGUCUGUCUCCCGCCGAGACCCUGUUCACUAAUAUCAGUCACAUACAAAAAUCGUGAUCCGUUGACAUCAACAAUUAUAAAUAUUCUUUUGUUAUUGUAGUCGUAGAAACGAGGCUUAUGGGUAAAUAUAAUGCGAAACAGACCCAAACGAAUGUAAUAUUUGACAUUUUGAGUUAAUUUUGAGCAAAUUUGUUGAUUGUAGUUGGAUCCUUUAUUCAAAAUCAUAAAUGUUUGAAAAUUCUUUCUUAAGCAUUUAAUUAAGUAGCUUAAAGUUGGCACAUUUUAUUUGCUUUUACAGAUAGAUAAUCCACAACAGGGAACGUAUUCAUUUCUCUGGCGCAUGCGCGUGAAAAAAUUUCUUAUUGGUUACUUUUUGAAUUGGUUCCUAUGGAAACUGCUUUGAUUUGAUAUUGGCUMGUCAUAUAUUCUCACACCCUUUUCAAAAUAGAAUAUACAUAUGGAGUUUUCAUAAAUGGAAGAUUUUUCAGCACUUUUCAUCAAAAAGACCCUUU